AUGCAACAUCAUGAAAAGCUGAAUAGUACAAAUAUAAUAACUUUAAAAAUGACACGUAAUACUCGUAAUAAUGUCGAACAAACUCCAUCACCAUCAACAAUUGCUAUUGAUGAUAAUGUGAUUAAUUUACCUGAUCUUUCAGUUUUUCGAGAUGAUGAAAAACAACAUAUUCUCGAUGUUUUAUUACGUGAUGAAAGUCUCCGUAAUAAACAUAUAUUACGCUUUACGCAUUUAAGAAAAGAAGUGGCGAAUCUUAAAGAACAUUCACAAUCAACAUCAAAUUCAAUAUGUGCUCGAUGUCAAACACCAUUUGGUUUUAUAUUUAAUACAGGUGAUACAUGUCCAAGAUGUUCAGCAAAAGUUUGUAAACAAUGUCGACUUAUCUAUAAUGUUAAUGACAAUAGCUGGCUAUGCCGGUUAUGUUGCAAACAAAUGCAAUUAAUGAGCUAUUCAGGUGAAUGGAUGUAUUCAAUUCGUAGUACUUUUCGAAAAGAUCUAAUGGAUCAAUCAGAAAUUUUACAUGAAUCAGUUCCACCUUUUGUUUCUGCACACAAUUUAAAUCCUAUAUCAAGUUCGGAUUCUGAUCCAGAAGAUAUUGUUCCAUUAAAUAAAAAAAGUCGAUUUCAUACUCAAUCGAUUAAAACAAAAGAAUCAAAGUCGAAUAAUAAAAUAACUAAGAUGAUAGUUCAAAAUCAUAAUGAUGAAGAAAAACUAAAUUAUGUUAAAAAAUGUAUGGAAAGACGUCCAUUGGAUAUAACAUUAACACAACCAUUACCAAGACGAAAUCGUCUACUUGCAUCAAAACAUAAUACAGUAAACAAUUCAUCAGAUGAAGUUAAUGCUUUCUUAAAUUUAUCAAAUAAGCGUCAAACUCCAAAAUUAAACAAACAAAAUGCAUCGCUAUCAAUAAAUACAGAAAUAUUAAAAACAAAUUCAAAUCAAAAUAUCAAUGUAAAUCAACAAGAAACUGAUAGCCAAUCUGUACGAUCAUCUGAAUUGAAAAAUAAGAAUAAAUCAAAAAUAGAUAAAUUAAAAAUUCCACGACGUCAUCAAUCCUUUAAUCGUGAUUCCAAACUAAGUUUAACAUGUCCAACACCUGAAAAACCAUCUACUAAAAAUCUUAGUAUUUCAAUGCAAAGUUUACGUCAUGUAGUUCAUCGUAUUUCACAUCCACAAUUAUCAUUAUCACGUGCUUCGAUACAUUCGGAAAAACAACUCAAUUCUAAAACGUCGACUAGUUUAACUAUGAAAGAAGAAGAUACAAAAUCACUGAAAGUACCCAACAUACACAGUCAAUCAAGUAUGUAUUAUUUAUGUCGAUGUAUCCGACGUGGUCUAGUGUGCACUUUUUAUAGUACAAUGACUCAAUUCUAUCAUCAUGAACAACAACCAACACAACUUGUUGAACAUUCAUCAUUAUUAACCGAAUCCGAAAUGCCUAGUCUUUAUCCAUCAUCAAGACAUCGUACUUUUAUUAGUAAACAUCUUACUAAUCGUGAUGAUGAUGAUGAUGAUGAUGAUGAUCCUGACUCAAUUUAUAAAGAAGCAUUUAUUAUUGAAAUAUUUCAACAUUGGAAAGCUAAAGCAUUAGAACAUCAACAUACAAUGAACAAUUCGGAAAAUAUUACUACAUCUAAUGAUUUUACUCAAACACUUGAACAGAAAACUUCAUCUGUAGAAACAUCAAAUAUGGAAACAAUACCUAAUGAAACAUCAUCAAAUAACAAUAAAGUUGAAUUAACAAAUAUUAAUGAACCAUCAGUAUCAACAAUAGCAAUGAAGAAACGUACAACACCAUUACCAAUAUCACAUACACGUCGGAAAGAGUCGGCAAAAAAAUGUAUAACAACAUUAAGUGAAUCUUUAAAUCCAAACCUACUCGCGCCUCAUACUAAAAAUAAAUAUGGAACAACAACUACAACAAAAAAAUCUACUAAGCCAACAACUAUAUUUAUAGAGCCGAAAAAAACUCAACCAUCACUUUCACAACGUCCAUAUUCUGUCUUUUCAUUUGAAGAAUCUGCUCAAAUGAAUCGUAGAACUUUAUUAGAAAAACAAAAUGGAAUUGGUGAUGAUCAUAGUCCAACAUCAAUUUCUUCAACUUGGACACCAACCUCAUAUAUAACAUCUACACGUUCCUAUCUUCAUUCACAAAAUAGUUCACAUUAUGAUGAUGAAACAUCAAGCGAUGAAAGUACUCAUGAAAGUUUAUUAAUACGAAAUAAAAAAUAUGUAAAGAAAAGAACAAAUAAUCAAGAAAAAUAUCCAUUAUCGAAUCUUUCCAAUUUAAUUAUACCAACAGCUAUUUAUAUAACUGAUCCAAAUGGAAAUUCGCGAACAUUCGAUUUGAAUGAUGAUUCUAUGGAAGAAUAUUUUCAUAGUGGACGAAUUAUUGAUAGAGAUAUUAUUUCAACAAAUACAAAUGUUCCAUAUUUUAAGAAUAUGUCUACUCAUUCUUCAUCAUCUACAGGUGCUAAAGUUUCAUCAAUAGAACAAAUUAUUCAUGAUAAACAUGCCUUACAUAGUAUUGGUGAAGAAGAAGAAGAAGGAUCAAUAGAUAAAUAUAAUUAUGAUGGUAAUAUUUUAUCAAAACAACUUGAUCGUAUGGAAGCAUUUACACAAGUACGAAAAACAAAAUCAAAUGUACAGACAAUUGAUACGAAUCGAAAUCAACAUGAAAAUAAUCAAAUACCAUUAGCAAGACGAUGGAGUGAUGGUUUUGUUAGUGAUGAUGAUAAUGAAGAUAUACCAUCACCACAACGUCCAAUGACAAAAACGCCUAGUGCAACAUCUAUUAUGAAACCUACAGUAACUCCACCUGUUAAAAUAUCAAAAACGAAAUAUCUUCUUAUGAAAUUACAUUUAACACUAUCACCACAAAAGAAUGACAAUUCAAAUACAUCUGGAACAACAACCAAUCUCCCACCACAAAAGCGUACUGUACGACGAUCAUCGGACAAAAAACAUUCUCGUACAAAUCUUGAAAUACGACAAUCAUCUGUAGAUGAAUCAAAACAAUUAUCUAAUAUUAGUCGUCAUAAUUCAUCAAAUACAUUUUCUUUAACGAAUGCAAUUGAAUUGCAACCAAUACAAAGAACUUCAAAUGUAACAGAUAAUAUAACAAUAUCAAAUAAUGAAAAUGAUUCUCAAAAUAAUCAUGAAAAUAAAUUAGAAAGUGUUAAAAAUCAUAUAUCAGCUGCUAAUAGUGAUAUUAUUGAUGAUACAACUGAAACAGUUCAAAUGGAUUCACCUAAAUUAACAUCUUCCAUAAACUGUAUUUACAGUUCACAAUCAAGUCUAAAUAGUGCAUGGGGUGAAACAAGAUUCCAGCAUGAUCAUGACAUAUCUGGUACAAUUGAAUUAAAACUUUCUUAUAAUAUCAAUGGAAAUUCAUUAGAUAUCUAUAUUAAAAAAUGUACUGAUUUAGCUCGUGUUAAACGAAAUCAAACAUCAAAUCCAUAUUGUAAAAUUUAUUUAUUAUCUGAUAAAUCUAAAUCUAGUAAACGUAAAACAACUGUUAAAAAAGAUACGAUAGAACCAGUAUAUAACGAAGCAUUUCGUUAUCAUUUAAGUGCAGCAGAGUUUAAUUCAUGCACUUUAUGGAUCUCAAUGUGGAGUCAAACAUCAUUAGGACAUAAUGAUUUUCUUGGUGAAAUACAUAUUCCGUUAGUUAAUUGUAUCUUAGAUAAAUUUCAAGUAUAUACACUUUUAGCACGAAUGCCAAAAGAUAAUUUAACAUCAAAUAUUGAACCAACGGCAGAUUCUAAUGAAUUACAUUUUGAUUUAACUUUUAUUGCAAAUUCAACAAAUAAAGAAUUAGGAACUAUACAAGUCAAUUCUAUUCAAGGUAAAACAAUUUAUUAUGGAAAACAUAAUUUUGAUAUUAUAUGCAAAGGUCUAUUAAUACCUGAUAAAAUGAAACGAAAAUUAGUAAUAACACGUAAAGGACCAUCACCAAAAUGGGAUAUUCCAUUACGAUGGGAAAAUAUAUCACGUAAUAAUUUAAAAAAUAUAUCCAUGGAAAUAAGUUUAUGGCGUCAAGAACGUUUUCGAAAAACAAUGAUUAGUUUUGUUAGACUUAAUUCAUCCCAAGGACAUUUUGAUGAUAAAUUAAUUAAAUCUUUAAAUACAACAGAAGCAGAAAAAUCUGCUUGGGAAUUAUUUUUACAAAAACCAACAAGUAUACAUCAUAUUCGACUUCCAUUACGAUCAGCAACUAAUGAGCAUAAAUAA